CCGAUGGUUUCCUAGGUGACAGAGCAGCAGCGUCGACGCUCGAUUGAGCAGGCCUGGGAGAGGCUCCCAGAGGGCCGCGCGCUCCGGACGCCGGGUGCUGUCAUGGCGGGUGCGUUGAAGAAGACCACCGGCCUGGUGGGAUUGGCAGUGUGCGACACUCCACACGAGAGGCUAACAAUAUUGUAUACAAAGAUUCUUGAUAUUCUGAAGCAGUUCCCUAAACAUGCAGCCUAUAGAAAAUACACAGAACAGAUCACCAAUGAGAAGCUGGAUAUGGUCAAGGCGGAACCAGAUGUUAAAAAAUUAGAAAACUUGCUCCAGGGUGGUGAAGUAGAAGAGGUGAUUCUUCAGGCUGAAAAUGAACUAAGUCUGGCAAGGAAGAUGCUGCAGUGGAAGCCAUGGGAGCCACUGGUGGAAGAGCCUCCUGCCAACCAGUGGAAGUGGCCAAUAUGAUCACAGUGUCUGAUGGCUGAUGCCAAUUAAAUGUGCAAUUAAAUGUUCUGUUAUGCUAAAAUGUGUCCUUAUUAUUGACGUCUUAGAAUUAAGAAGAGUAGUAUAGUGUGUAUCUUAUUUCCAAGACAUAUUUAGGAGACAACAUUGGUUAUGGUAACGGGGUCCUAUGAAUCCUUUCACACUGACUUUCCGGUUUCUAUUUCUGAGGUCACACAAUGGGUUUGCUGUGCCUAUGUCAUCCUUCAUUGACUUUCUCCUGUUAUAUUUGAGCGUCUUGGACAUUUCACCAACAGUGCUACUAUAGCUUUGUUUAGUGGAGCAGACUUUAUUGGUGUUUGCAUAGGAAUUUCUGGUAAUUGCUAUGUAAAUGUAAUGGUAAUCUUCACAUAGUAAUGUUCUUGAAUGGGAAUGGCACCCACUCUC